UUUCUGCAUUCUGAUAAAUAAAAAAGCUUUAAAUGAAACCGUACACUUUUGUCGCGACGACCACAUAGGUUUGCAUCUACAGUAUUUGCUUUACUUACAAGUGCAACAUGUUUCUAAUUUUAAGCUUCGUUCUAGCUGUUGGAAUUCUUCCCAUUCAUGCGAUUCCUGGACUUGAGAAAUGUAUACAUGAAAAUUUAUUGAAGGACUUAAUGAAGAUGCAAGAUGAAGGGGACGAUUUGGACCAAACAUGCCCUUACGUUCUGCAGAUAUUUGAUUGCCUUGACAGUUUAGUGGUAAACCACACAGGACUUACGAUUAGCCAGCUUGCGGAAUUGAUACCAGAUGAAGCUGUUCGAAAUGGAGCCAAGAUUUUUACGAAUAGUCGAGAUGCCCUUACUGAGCUCUGCACUGAAGGGAUGCCUUUCAACAAUGCUUAUCGUGAAAAUGUUGAGUGUUUAUCUAGACUCGGAAAUCCUCUUACUGAUUGCGAAGCUAAAGCUAGAGAAACAUACAAUUCCUACAGAGAGUUUAUGGACAAUUCUGUGGAAGGAGGAACCACACCAUCAGAACGGGAAAGAAACUGCAUGGUUGAAUCAUACAAAGUUGCCUGCGCUGCUUCUUACGUCAUGGACCAAUGUGGUGACGCAUCCCGAAAUCUUUUCCAGAACUUGAUCAAAAGGACAACCUAUUUGAAAUACGGAGCCUGCUCGAAUUACGAUACCGGUGACUUAAAGACAAAAUUUUUAAGCUUCAUCGAACUAAGUGGUCAGCAUCGAUCUGUUUUCGCUGAUGUUUUCGAUUUCAGGAGGAAGAAGCGAUCUGUGUAAAGAUAUGUAUAAUGUGCUUAAGUAAUGUUUUCUCCCCUUUAGGGAGAAAACUUGUUUUCACAAUAAAAAUAAAAUAAAAUGUAUUGUCUUUAAAUUA